AUGCCUCCUAGGAAGUAUAUGUCUGGAUGUGAAAAAAGGAAAAAGAAGCAAAAAUUAGAAAAUUUUAUUCAAUCUCAAUCGGGAGCGCUUGAUAAAUUUUUUGGUAACAAGAAACAAAUAAAAAGUUCAUGUUUGCUUGAUGAAAAUUUGGCAAUUGAAGAACUUAAUCAAUGUAAUGAGAAUGAUAAUGAAGAUUUGGGUGUUGAAGAGCCUAUUGAAUGUUUGAAUGAGAAUGACAAUGAAGACUUGGUGAAUGAGAAAGCUACUGAAAGUGAAGAUUUUAAUAUUGAAUAUGGACCUUUAAAUAUUAAUGAUCCAAGUAAUUGGGACAAGAUUAAUCAGAAUUUCAGAGAUUUAUUAGUUGAAAGAGGUCCUAUAAGAAGUAAUGUUGUCAAUUUUCCUAGAGAUGACAAGGAUAGACAUUUCUCCUCUACACAUUACAUUCGAAAUUUACCAAAUGAAGAGAAGCAAGAUAGGAAAUGGCUAGUAUAUUCAGAUGCUUCAAACAAAGUAUUUUGCUUUUGUUGUAAGUUAUUUAAGAAAGAUGGGAACAAGACUCAGUUGGCUACUAAUGGAUUUAAAGAUUGGAAGAAUCUAGGUCACAGGCUUAGAAGUCAUGAAACUAGCAAUGAGCACAUGACUUGUAUGAGCAAAUGGAUUGAAUUGGAAAAAAGAUUACAAAAGAAUGAAACAAAUGAUAAAGGUGUUCAAGAACAAAUCAAUAGGGAGAGAGAACAUUGGAAAAAGGUGUUACUAAGGAUAAUUGCUGUUGUGAGAACUCUUGCUAAAAAUAAUUUAGCGUUUCGUGGAGACAAUGAGAAGAUUUAUCAAGAAAUAAAUGGAAACUUUUUGAGUUUAAUUGAAAUGAUUGCUCAAUUUGAUUCGGUAAUGCAAGACCACCUUCAUCGCAUUGAAAGGAAUGAAAUUCAUUACCAUUGUCUUGGUCACAAAAUCCAAAAUGAAUUGAUACAGAUGUUAGCGGGUGAGAUCAAAAGUACAAUUGUGAAAAAAAUCAAAGAAACGAAAUAUUUUUCAGUUAUUCUUGAUUGUACUCCAGAUGUUAGUCAUGAAGAACAAAUGCCUCUUGUAAUAAGAUGUGUGGAUGUUUCAACUAAUCAAGUAAAGGUGGAAGAGUUCUUUUUAGAAUUUUUAAAGGUGGAUGACACAUCGGGAUUGGGUCUUUUUAAUGUACUUAAAGAGGUAUUGUGCACACUCCAACUUGAUAUUGGUGAUAUAAGAGGGUAA